AGAAAUAUCGCACACUGACUCCCAUUCCUGCCUCAUCAGUAUCGGAAACCACUUUUUUAAUUGCAAAAACCAGCUCUGGUUCAUGGAAAACAUGGCUCAGACAAGUCGCACAGAAGAAAUGCUUGUUUUGAUUCCUAUACUUCUUCUCUUGCCUCUCCUCUUUUUCAUCCUUAGGCAUUUCAAAAUUUUAUCUUCACCACUCAAGUCCCCACUAGUUCCUCCAGGUCCAUAUCCAUGGCCAAUCAUUGGCAACAUUCUCCAACUGGGAAAGAAGCCUCAUGUCACUCUAACCCAACUUGCACUAAACUAUGGUCCACUCAUCUCAUUGAGGCUUGGAACUACACUCAUGGUAGUGGGAUCAUCACCUGUUGUUGCCAAGGAAAUUCUCAAGACACAUGAUAGAGUCUUAUCUGGCCGCCAUGUUCCUAGUGUGUUCGCAUACAUGAGCUCAGAACUCAACAAUCUAUCACUUGGAUGGUCGCUUGAGUGCAGUGGUCGAUGGAAGUUUUUACGUACUCUCUGCCGAGCUGAACUGUUCUCAGGCAAAGCCUUGGAGUCUCAAGCAUGUUUACAAGAGAAAAAGGUGAUGGACAUGGUGGAACUAUUAGGCACAAUGGAAGGUAAGGUGGUCAAUAUUGGAGAAGUGAUAUUUGCUACUGUGUUUAACAUGUUAAGUAAUGUUCUUUUAUCUAGAGAUUUUAUCAGCUUGAAGGAUGAAAGUGUGGGUGGAGGGUUGAAGGGACUCAUAAGGAAACUCAUGGAGGUGAUUUCUGCCCCAGAUGUAUCCGACCUUUUUCCAAUUUUAGGUAGAUUUGAUCUUCAAGGUCAAAAAAAGAAGAUCCUGGACUUAAUUGGGAGUAUCAGUUUUGCAUGGGCAGAUAUCAUCAAAGAAAGAAGAGAAAGAAAAGGAAGUGUUGUUUUGCAAGAACAAGACUUCUUGGAUGUUAUGAUUGACAAUAAUUUUACAGACAAGCAAAUCAAUCAAUUGCUCCUGGAGCUCUUCUCUGCUGGUACAGAAACUAGUAGUUCAACAAUUGUAUGGGCAAUGGCAGAACUAAUAAAGAAUCUAGAAUCCAUGAAAAAAGUUCGAGAAGAACUUGUGAGAGAAAUCAAACAAGAUGUGGUAAAGGAAUUCCACCUUCCUCAGCUAAACUAUCUACAGGCAUCUGUUAAAGAAACGCUUAGGCUGCACCCUCCUGCACCACUACUACUACCUCACCGUGCUAUUGAAUCAUACCAAGUGACAAGCUACACUAUUCCAAAGGAUUCUCAAGUUCUAGUGAAUGUUUGGGCAAUUGGACGGGACCCCCUGUACUGGGAAGACCCUUUAGUGUUCAAACCAGAGCGCUUCCUCAACUCAGCACUGGAUUUCAAAGGGAACGAUUUUGAAUUUUUACCCUUCAGUGCAGGAAGGAGAAUCUGCCCUGGUCUACCAAUGGCUGCGAAAGUAGUACCCUUAGUUCUUGCUUCAUUAAUUCACUUCUUUGAUUGGUCUCUUCCUCAUGGAUAUGAUCCUGAGAAGCUAGACAUGAGCGAGAAAUUUGGUGUAACUUUGAAGAAAGAACAGCCUUUAUACCUCAUUCCAAAAGUUAGAAAGUAAAGAAAACUAUCAUUCCAGUUUCCUCAUCAUGUGUACUCUCAACUUAGUUUCUGGUAAUAAACAUGUAGUCUAUGUGAUUCGGGUCAUAUGUUACUAAGUUUUUAUUUGGCUUUAUCUAUAUAAAGCUGGUUUAUUUUGUUUCCA